AUGGAACUGAGAAACAUAACCCACGAGGAUGUUGAUCUGUUCAAGACAGUAAUGAUGGUCUACAUAGGAGGACCAAUAACCGUGGUGGGAAUCAUCACCAGCAUUCUAAGCCUCCUUAUGUUUAAACGAGACACUUCCACCUCAUCCAGUACACGCCUUCUCCUCUCCUCAAUCGCCGCCACGGAUAUAUUAUUCCUCUCCUGUUCUUUCCUCUUCUGGACCGUGAGGGAAAUUUUUUCAGAAAGCGAGGCAUUCGUAAGGUUUAUGAACAGUCCCUUCGUCUACGGUUUCCUCUUCUACGUUUGCAACGUCUUUGAAAUGCUGCGAAAUUGGCUGGUCGUGGUUAUAGCUGUGGAGAGACUGCUCUUCUUUCUUAAACCUCUUGAAUUUAAGAGUAUGUGGAGCCUGUCCCGGGUACGUCGUAUUACCAUCGCUGUCUGCUUACUUUCCUGUCUCGUUCGUGUGCCCGUUCUGAUAUAUGGCAUAUCAAAGCACGACCAGACGUUGGGACCCGCAGUUACCCGCCUGACUCGGCUGAUUCACAACCUAACUGACUGCAUACUACUUACUGUCCUGCCUGUUACAGUAAUGGCCGUGCUUUCCACCCUCACCACCGCCCGCGUGCGUGCAGUCAUUGAGGCGAAACGUCGACUUGACAAUGAUGGUGCGAGUUCUGUGGUUGGUCCUAGUAAGACCGAGGCCAGUAAGUCAACUGUAUGGACGACGGCAGUGGCCAAAGAAGCCAAACAGGACGUUUCUGCAUCGACCGCCGGUGCAGAAAGAACAGGCGGCCAUAAGCAUUGUCGUAUCAUCAAGAUCCUACACACUGUCCUCAUUACUUUCAUUAUUUUCUGCUUUCCAGCUGUCAUCUCAACGAUAAUCCACGCCUACGUGGUUUUCCACAACAUUACCAGCGGUCCAGAAUACUUGGCCUCGAAGAUUGUGGCGCCCAUCUCCAACAUAGGCUCUGUGCUAAAUUCGACCUCAAAUUUUUUUGUUUAUAUCAUUCAAAGCGGACGGUAUCAACGAAUGAUAGUGGAGAUGCUGAGAUUGGAUCGGUGUGGCUUCAACAAUGUCCUGAAACCAACUAAUAAACAAACUGAAACUAGUCGUGCCUCAGAGUAA